AUUUUUUGUUGAUGUUUGUUGCUCCAAAAAUCGUCCAUUUUCUUUUUGUAUCGAGAUCGUUGCACUUGUCAUCAAGGCGUAACGAUCAUUCAUCAUGGUAAACCAUAGAAUCCCCCAAGUCUUCUCCAAGACCUCUGUUACACCACGUAGACCAUACGAGAAGGCUCGUCUUGACCAAGAAUUAAAGGUCAUUGGUGAAUAUGGUCUUCGUAACAAACGUGAAGUAUGGAGAGUCAAAUACACUCUUGCUAAAAUUCGUAAAGCUGCCAGAGAACUUCUUACUCUUGAUGAGAAAGAACCAAAACGUCUUUUUGAAGGUAAUGCACUCUUACGUCGUUUGGUAAGAAUUGGAGUAUUGGAUGAAGGAAGAAUGAAGCUCGAUUACGUUUUGGGUUUGAAAAUUGAAGAUUUCUUGGAACGUCGUCUUCAAACUCAAGUAUUCAAACUUGGAUUAGCUAAAUCAAUUCAUCAUGCACGUGUUCUUAUUCGUCAAAGACACAUUCGUGUUCGUAAACAAGUUGUUAAUAUUCCAUCAUUUGUUGUACGUUUGGACUCACAAAAACACAUUGAUUUCUCAUUGAAAUCACCAUUCGGUGGUGGUCGUCCAGGUCGUGUAAAGAGGAAGAACAUGAAAAAGGGAACAAGUGGAGCAGCUGCUGAAGAAGAAGAAGAAGAUUAGAUUAUAAAUAUUAUCAUAUCUUCUUUUGCAUGACUAAAUAAAAAUAAAAGAAACAACAAAUAUA